ACAGGCAUGCGGACGUCGUCUCUUCCGGCAGCGCGCAGGCUCCGCCCCGCCUCGUAGGCGAGGAGCGCGCUUGGGCGACCACAACCCCUUCCCGGCCGCCGUAGGAGAUGCACCUGCCAAAAGUCUCGAGGCCACUGGUCCGGAAACAAGUGGAUGGACGCGCCCCUGGUGCCGCCGAACGGAACCCGUGAGGUGAUCCAGAGGGUACGGAGAGUGCCGGCGGGGUCGGUGGGUGCCACCGAGGGCUCCAGGCGAAAUGUCUCCAAGCGGGAGGAGAGUGUGUGUGUCUGUUGAAAAGUCAGUUAUCCACGCACAGCUAGAUGCACAAAGUAAUCCUGCGCCUGGAGUUCCAUUGCAGCAGCAAGAGACUCUUCUGCUCCCUGGUGCUGGUAUUAAAGUUUUUGUCUGAUUUCCUGUGAUUUACCAUGAAGUAUAUAUGAAAAUGAUGUACACUGCCAAGAAAUGUGGAGUCAGAUUCCAUCCUCCAGCAAUCAUCUUAAUUUAUGAGAAUGAAACCAAGGGGAAGAGUCGCCAGCGGAUCAUGCCAGUACGGAACUUUUCCAAGUUUUCAGAUUGCACCAGAGCCGCUGAACAAUUAAAGAAUAAUCCACGGCACAAGUGUUACCUGGAGCAGGUGUCUCUGAAGCAGCUCGAGAAGCUGUUCAACGUUUUACGAGGUUACUUACGAGGACAGAGCUUGGCAGAAACAAUGGAACAAAUUCGACGGGAAACCACCAUUGAUCCCGAGGAGGACCUGAACAAACUAGAUGACAAGGAGCUUGCCAAAAGGAAGAGCAUCAUGGAUGAACUUUUUGAGAAAAAUCAGAAGAAGAGGGAUGAUCCAGAUUUUGUUUAUGAUGUGGAGGUUGAGUUCCCACAGGAUGCACAGCUGCAGGCCUGUGGCUGGGACACAGAGUCAUCUGAUGAGUUCUGAUGCCCGACACUUAACUUACGGGCUAGCCACAUAUCCACGUUUCCACAAACAAUACAGAUUUGUUGGAGAAAAUCAUUGUUUGCUAAAUGUACAUAUGUUGGGUCAUAAAACCAGUAUUUUACAUCUAGUAUGUAGGCCUGUGAGUAAUACAAGAAAAACAAUAUAGCAGUCUGUCUGUAAGGUGCUUGUAAUCUAAUCAAGGAUAACUCAAAGAUUUGUGAAAAGAUGAACCGUAUGAAGCAGCGCCACAUGCUUGAUAAAGACUAAAGAAUGUCAGAUCAUAGGUGACUGGGGUAAAAUAGUUGGGAAGAUGUUUUCCUUCAGUGGAAAAGUGGGCCUUUAGCCCUUGAACUGUUAAACUUAUGCAGGAAUCCAGAUGAGAGCAACAGAAGAAAGGGGAAGGACAUGGCAAAGACACAAGAAGUAGAAAUAUUUAUUUGAAGAAGAGUGAACCAAGUACCAUUUGACAAGAUUGGGAUCACCCUUGUGCACUAUGUGCUCUGUGUGUUGACGUCAGAGAAGAGUACUGUCAAAUGUCCAGCAGCUGUAAGUGGAUGCCGUGUGAUGGACAGCAGGGCAGUUCUGUCCUUGAAUCAGGAUAUAAAUACUAAAGAAACGCUGAAACCCAGAACCUCUUCCCAUAAGUGAGAAGUUGGUAAAAUGGGAAAUCUACCCAUAAAAAUAAAUAAUAGGUACUGCCAGUUUUAGACCUGUUUAUGAGUUUGAGUAUACAGACGAGGAUCUUUGUUUAACAAGGUAAUGUGAGUGCAGAUAUAUUUGUUCUUAUGUAAUUGGUAGAACUCUUAUGUCCUCUACAAGGAAAUUAUUUAUUAAAUAAAGCUGUAAAAAGGA